CUACGAAGUUGAAGUGCAUUAUAAAUUCAUAUGCAGUUUAAGAAGAUCUAAAAAGUGGAACGUGAGAAUUUUGUACAGUUUUUAUCGUUUACAAAGGUAUUGCACUAUAAUAAACAUCUAUGGAUACUGCAAAUUUUGAUGUUAUGCAUCAUCCAAAAAUCAUCAUCCAUUUGGAUGUCGAUUGCUUUUAUGCUCAGGUGGAAAUGAUUAAUCAUCCUGAAUUAGAGGGAAGGCCAUUAGGUGUGCAGCAAAAAAGUAUAGUGGUUACUAGCAACUAUCUGGCAAGAGAAUAUGGAAUAAAAAAAUGUAUGUCAGUGCAAGAAGCCUUGCGUUUGUGUCCAGAGCUAGCUUUGGUAAAUGGAGAAGAUUUAACAAAUUAUCGUCAUUACUCAACUAAAAUAUCUGAAAUUUUGCAUCAGUUUACACCAUUAGUGGAAAGACUUGGCUUUGACGAUAAUUUUCUUGAUGUAACAUCAAUUGUAGAAAAACAACUUAAAUCUCAGAAUGAUACAGAACUUGACAUGAGCAGUUCAAGUACAGAAUUUGAAGAUUUAAAAGAAGUAAGCAAGAUAUUUGGUCCUUCUGAGGAGGAAUGUCCAUGUGGUUGUCAUACACGCUUGAUUAUUGGCUCGAAAAUAGCAGCUGACAUAAGGAAUCGCAUUUAUGAAGAAUUACAUCUUACAUGCAGUGCUGGAAUAGCACACAAUAAACUUAUAGCUAAAUUAGCAGGAUCAUUAAACAAACCAAAUCAACAAACAUUAAUCUUUCCUUGCAGUGGUCCAUUAUUGCUCUCGACAAUAGGUUCUGUAUCCAAGAUACCUGGUGUCGGACAAAAGACUACAGAAUUACUAUUAUCGAACAAUAUAAGAACAGUUGACGAUAUACGUAGAAUACCUUUAGAAAAUCUGGAACUAAAAAUUGGCAUUGAUCUAGCAAGACGACUGAAAGACAAUGCAGAGGGAAUUGAUGAGACAGCAGUAAAACCAUCUGGAAAGAAACAAUCCAUAGGUCUGGAAGACGGAUUUAAAAGUGUGUCGUUGGUAGCCGAAGUAGAGUCACGGUUAGGUGCACUAUUAAGAAGAUUAACAGAAUUAGCAAUGGAAGAUGGUAGAAUUCCUAUUGCUAUGAGAAUAACAGUGAGAAAGCAUGAUUUGAACAAACCUACUUCAGGUAAGAGGGAGACUAGGCAAUGCGCAUUACCAAAACAUCUCUUACCAUCCACAAAAAACGGCGUAUACGAUCAUAAUAAAAUGUUGACACUUGCCAUGAAGCUAUUUCAUCGAAUAGUUGACGUCUCCAAGUCAUUUCAUUUAACACUUCUGGGAGUUGCAUUCACCAAGUUCGAGGAGAGAUCAUAUGGCAGGAGUAGUAUUGCACCUUUUUUGUGCAAACAAGUUGCCGUCCAUUCCGUUUUAGACAUCAGCUCUGAAGAAGGUAUUUCUGAAAUGAAUCAGGGAUCCCCAAUGAGUAUUAAUCAAGAUAGCAAUGACAGCUCAGAUCAAUCGGCGAUGAGCUUGAUGAAUACUGCUACUUCAAGUCUUUCGUGCUCACCAAUCUCAAAAUUAUGCAUGGCAAGUCAGAACAUGGAAGAUGAUUUACAAAACGAGGUAGAACCACUACCGAAGAAAACCAAGCUGGAAGUAUGGCUGAGAGGUCCUCGAGAAACACCAAGUAAUGAAAUGGCUGGUUUGAGAUUGAGUCCUUCAUCACCAAUGCAAUUAUCACCUACGGUGGAUACUACAGUCUUCAAAACUCUAUCCAUUGAGAGGAGAGAAGUCACUCGUUCUUGGCCCACAACCAGCAAACCAAAACCAAAUAAUAUACUUAAAUACUUCAUAGCUAAUAAGUGACGGAACUGUGUGAUCUAGUAUUGAAUGUCGUGUUUACACAUAUGCACUUGAAUUGACAACAUUAAAUGAC